AUGGAUGACUGCUUCACAUGUCCAGAAGAUCAAUAUCCAAGCAAGGACCAGGAUGGAUGCAUCCCUAAAAUUAUAAGCUUCGUCUCUAUUGAAGAAAAUCUAGGAAUCAGUCUGGUUUCGCUUGCUCUUUCUUUGUCCAUGACCACAGCCUUAGUUCUAGGAAUUUUCAUUAAACACAGAGAUACUCCAAUUGUCAAAGCAAACAACAGGAAUAUCACCUACACUCUCCUAAUCUCCCUCCUGUUCUGCUUCCUCUGCUCUUUGCUGUUUCUUGGAGAACCAAGCAAGGUGACCUGCUUACUCCGACAAUCUGCUUUUGGCCUCAUCUUCACUGUGGCUGUGUCUUGUGUCUUGGCCAAAACCAUCACUGUGGUGGUAGCUUUUGUGGCCACCAAGCCAGGGUCCAGCAUGAGAAAGUGGGUGGGGAAAAGACCGGCCAGCGUCAUGGUUAUCUCUUGCUCCCUCGUUCAAGCAAGCAUUUGUACAGUGUGGCUAGGAACCUCUCCCCCUUUCCCAGAUUUUGACACUCAAUCACUGACUACUGAGAUCAUAGUAGAAUGUAAUGAAGGUUCUGUUAUUAUGUUUUACAUUGUCCUGGGCUACAUGGGACUUCUGUCCCUCAUCAGCUUGCUUAUGGCUUUUGUUGCCCGGAAGUUACCAGAUAGUUUUAAUGAGGCCAAAUCAAUCACCUUCAGCAUGCUGAUGUUUUGCAGUGUUUGGUUGUGUUUUGUUCCAACUUACCUGAGCACCAAAGGGAAACAGAUGGUGGCUGUGGAGAUCUUCUCCAUCUUGGUCUCCAGUGCUGGCUUACUGGCUUGUAUCUUUUCCCCCAAGUGCUACAUAAUUGUGCUGAGGCCUGAACUUAAUAAGAAGGAUCACCUCAUGAGAAAAAAUUAA